UCAGCGGCAGGAAAGGCCGAGACGCGUGUUCCAAAAAACUGAAGAUGUUUCUUGCAGAGAGCGAUGCCGAAAAACUUGUCUCUGACUCCAAGAGAAGGUAGCAGCAAAUCAGCUACUCUUACCUAUGACACCCUCAGGUUUGAGUAUGAAGACUUCCCUGAGACCAAAGAACCUGUUUGGAUAUUAGGCCGAAAAUACAGUGUUUUUACAGAGAAAGAAGAGAUCUUGUUGGAUGUGACCUCUCGGCUUUGGUUCACCUACAGGAAGAACUUCUCUGCUAUCGGAGGAACCGGGCCCACAUCUGAUACUGGCUGGGGCUGUAUGUUGCGGUGUGGCCAGAUGAUCUUUGCUCAGGCCUUAGUCUGCAGGCAUUUGGGCAGAGACUGGAGGUGGAUAAAAGGGAAGAGGCAGAUGGAUAAUUAUUUCAGCGUACUUAAUGCCUUCAUCGACAAAAAAGAUAGCUACUACUCCAUUCACCAGAUAGCCCAGAUGGGAGUUGGAGAGGGGAAAUCCAUAGGCCAGUGGUAUGGACCAAACACAGUCGCACAAGUGCUCAAAAAACUUGCCACUUUUGAUACAUGGAGUUCACUGGCAGUGCAUAUAGCCAUGGACAACACUGUAGUGAUGGAAGAAAUUAGGCGGUUGUGCCAGUCCAACUUCUCAUGUGCUGGAGCUGCAGCAUUCCCUGCUGUGGAGUCAGACCUGCUCUAUAACGGGUACCCAGAGGAAGCAGGGGUUAGAGAUAGGCUCUCAGUAUGGAAGCCACUGGUGCUGCUGAUACCUCUCCGUCUUGGGCUCACAGAAAUCAAUGAAGCCUAUAUUGAAACACUGAAGCACUGCUUCAUGAUGCCUCAGUCCCUGGGAGUGAUCGGAGGGAAACCAAACAGUGCCCACUACUUCAUUGGCUACGUAGGUGAGGAGCUCAUUUAUCUGGAUCCCCACACUACACAGCCUGCAGUGGAGCCCAACGAGAACGGCUGUCUCCCUGAUGAAAGCUUCCACUGCCAGCACCCUCCCUGCAGAAUGAGCAUUGCCGAGCUUGACCCUUCCAUUGCGGUGGGCUUUUUCUGCAACACAGAGGAGGACUUUAAUGAUUGGUGCCAGCAAAUCAAAAAGCUGUCCCUGGUAAGAGGAGCAUUGCCAAUGUUUGAACUGGUAGAACGCCAGCCAUCACAUUUCUCCAACCCUGAUGUUCUGAAUCUCACACCAGACUCCUCCGAUGCCGACAGAUUGGAAAGGUUCUUUGACUCGGAAGAUGAAGACUUUGAAAUCUUAUCCCUUUGAAAGCAAAUAGGAAACUGACUCUGCAAAUUUGUGUUAUGUGCAGGGAAGGGGGGGGGGAGCUCCUUCGAGAGCCUGGGGCUACCAGUUUUCAUAGGCGCUUGCUGCCAUCCCUGCCUCUUGUCCAUCCUGGCAUUCUGUGCAGCCUCUGAAUGGAGUGUGCAUUGUCUGCGUUGGGAUGAAGAACCAAGUGGAUGUUAGAGCCUUACUGGCUGGAGUCAGGAUUUCUCAGCACUUGCUGGAAGUGGAUGCAGUGGUGCCUCGGAGUUCAAAGCCUAUUUGUUACAAAAGCAGGUCAGUUGGCCUUCUGGGGGAGCAGCAGAAACCCUUAAAGAGCUAAAUCCUUACAUGGGAACUCCCCUGUGAAGCUUAAAUAGAGCCACCCCUAACUUAGCAGGUGAAAUGUACAGUUAAUUCCUUUAGCGGCUUCUCGGUGGCCAACUUGAACUGCACCUAACGAUGCAAAUUAACAGUAGACACACGUCCCAGGUAGACAGCUAUGAAGCCCUCAGUGUGGAUGGCCAUGUUUCCUACAGAAAAAUUCCUCAUUAUGCUUUGUGUAACAGGACUUCCUUGCAGGAGCAGUACUCCUUUCCCACUAUCAUCCUAUCAAAAGGCAGCUGGGGUAAUUUAUGAGGUAACUGACUGGCAAUUCAAUAAGCAAAAGGCUGUCUGGGAGAUUCUGGAGCAGACUCAUCCCACUGAGGAGGAAACAUCAUAAUCUCAGUUCAAAUAACAGCUGGAAGAAGGGGAAGAAAACAAGGUGUGUGGGUUCUUGCUCAGUGAGUCAAUAAAAUAUUAUGCUUCUGGGAGGGAUUAAUCUCUACAGAAAGUAUCGUCAUGGAAGUUGCUUUGAGCAAAGAACGGGAUUCCGUAGCCAUGGAAAAAAAUAGUCCACAGAAGGGAGAGGGCAGAACAGGACAACUGAGAAUCUACCAGUCAUGGGACUGCUUGUGCCUAUGCCCUAGCAUGUUGGCAUGUAGUCUAGUGAAUUAAUCCUGUUGGUACCAAAAAUGUGGGCUAUAAAAUUCUCAAAGUAUCCUCUGUAGCGUGUUCCGCAGUUCCUCCAGCUAUUCCUGUUAGACGCUCCCUUUCCAAAUUAGAAAAGGGCCUGAAGAUUGAGUAGGCCUCAUAGCUGCAUUAGUACUUUUUCAUUUGCUCUUCUGCAGAUUCAUCCUCCCCACAGAGUGUGCAUAAAUGUACUCUAGGAGCUAAUGUGGAGAAAUCUCUUACAAGUAAUCAUCCCAAAGAGGUCAGCAAAGACAGAAUGCUGUGAAAAGGUCCAACACCCUUAAGCUGGAAAUUUUAGCUCCUUUAAGAUAAUAGUUCUGCCUAUGAUCCUUAUCUGCAUAAACAGAAUUCAGCUGAAGAUUAACUGUGGAGGAGAGUUACCUUAAUGCAAACUGAACAGUUUCCUUAGUGCAUGCUGCAGGCUACGUUCUGUUUACAAAGCUUUGUUUUGUACAUCUAGGCUCAGAACCUGACAGUUGAUGCUUUUGUGCCCAAAGGUGAUGGCAAUUGGCUAGAAAUGACCCAUUUCUCCUUGACUGACCUACUGAUGCUCUUAACUGUCUCCAUGCCAUCCAAAAGCAGAGGUUUGAACUUGAAACGGCAAUGCUUCUGUCACUAAAUUAUUACUUGCUGCUUGGACUGCUUCUCUCCUCUCUUGUAGUUAGGGGAGGAGGCAGCAGAAGAGGUGGGGCUGUGCUCCAUCUGCUUUCAAUUUCUAUCUGAAUAAAUGAAUCUAAAAUC